AUGGCUUCCUAUACGAUGAUCAUAGUGCUCCUUCUUUCGUCAAUAGUGUUUCAGUGCGAAGGCAAUCCUGGCGUAACACGAGACCUGGAGGACGUAGAAGUACUCGCACAUCCUAUUCAGCGUAGAAAAUAUUCAGAAGUUCAUGAGCCGAAGUCGCUUCCCGCGGUCGAGUCGAACGAAGAUCACAGUAAAGAAUCUAAACUAAAAAUAUUAUUAAAGGGACCCUACGACCGAUUUAAAAAUGUAUCUUUUAAUCUCCAUGAAACAAAAGAGAAAACGAUCGCUCAUGCAGUUAGAAAAGAACAAAACGUAACAAAAUCUUUAUAUAAACCAAUAAUGAUUAAAAUAACAACCAAUGGCGAUAAUAAUAAUACCCAUCCGCCGGUACAGACUCUAAUAACCGAUGAGAACAACAAUUCAUCACCUUAUAAGAGCGAAGGUAACUCUUCGAGAUAUGUGGACGGAAUAAGCAACGAAGGAGGCUUUAAAAAGGCUUUCAUGAAUUUUAUAAAUAAAGAAGCGAACGAGCAAUCGGCCGUCACAGGAGCGAGCAACGAAAUGCCGAUGCCUUUAGAACUGAACAUAUUCAAAGGCGACGAGUGUCCAACGGGCUGCACGAAAAUAGGCGACAAAUGCGUUAGAAUUGACCACAACAAAUAA